UUGCGUCGAGAAGCGUGUGCGUGCGUAUUGCGGUUAAGGCAACCAGCUCGCUUCGGCUCGUGAGAGAAAAGCAAGUCCGUGGUGGUUAACGCGGCGCUAUGAGCCGCGAGGCUGAUGUUUGCUGUAGCCUGUGAGUGAACGAAGAAUCGAUCGGGAUGGAGCUGAGCGUGUCCAGGAACGAGUCCGGGAUCGUACCAGAGCUGUACUUCCUCAUCGCCAAGUUCCUGGCCGCGGGUCCGUGUCCAGAGGCGGCGGCGGCGCUGAAGCGGGAAUUGGAGCGUGCCGAGGUACUGCCGCUUCGACUCGACUGGGAAGGCCAUGUACACAGUCAGUCUUUCGAGGAGCUGGAGAGAAAAUACCCUCAUAUUGGAUCACGCCAUUUGUUGCAAAUAUGUGCCAGAAUUGGACCAGUGUUAGAGAAAGAUGUGCCGCCAUGUGUGCCUGGAGCGAUAUCUCUUCUAGGAGCAGGCAGGCAAUCUUUAUUGCGUACUCAUGAAGACCUUACAAGAUAUACACGCAGCAUUGUCGAUUAUUCUGGAAGAUUAGGCGCAAAACCCUUCCUGGAGCGUCCUGGUAGCUUGUCAGUGCCUAACAUAGUACGUGUACUUCAGGGACGAGAGAAUUCUGGCCCCUUAAGUCGAAGGGAGGCAAUACCGACCAAGUUCUACAGCAAGAUGCAACUGUAUCGCCAUACAUUGGGCCAUUUAUCCGCCGUGUAUUGCGUGUUGUUCGAUCGCACUGGCAAAUAUAUCAUAACUGGGGCGGACGAUUUGCUCGUCAAAGUGUGGAGUUCCAUCGAUGGCCGUUUACUUUCCACUUUUCGGGGCGCGUCCGCGGAAAUUAUGGACAUCGCGGUGAAUUUCGACAACACCCUUCUGGCGGCCGGAAGCUUAGAUCGAAUAUUACGCGUUUGGUGUUUCCAAACGAUGUCGCCUGUGGCAGUUCUAUCCGGACAUUCAGGCAUGAUAACGUCCGUCAAUUUUUGCCCGAUAGUAUGUAACGAUGUAUACUAUUUGGUCUCCACUAGCACCGAUGGAUCUGUAGCUUUUUGGUCCCACACACAACAACCAAACGAAAGAGCGCUAUUUCAAUCGAAGCCCAUCCAGUAUCACGAGAAAAUGCGACCCGGGCAAGCGCAAAUGAUUUGUGCUUCCUUCAGCCCUGGCGGUGCGUUCAUGGCAGCCGGAUCUGCAGAUCAUAACGUGAGGGUUUACGCGAUGUUAGGCGACGAAGGACCGCGCAGGGUCCUCGAGAUCGAGGCGCAUUCCGAUACUGUCGAUAGUAUCCAAUGGGCGCACAGUGGUUUGAGGUUUAUCUCCGGUUCCAAAGACGGUACCGCCAACGUGUGGCAUUUCGAGCAACAGCAAUGGUUGCAUAAACAGCUACUUAUGACAACCAAAUUACCUGGGGAACCGGAAACUGAUGAUGACACAAAUAAGAAAGCGAAAGUGACCAUGGUUAGUUGGGACGUGAGCGACGAAUUCGUCAUUACGGCAGUGAACGACAGCUCGUUAAAAGUGUGGAAUGCGAAGUCGGGUGAAUUGAUAAAGGUACUGCGCGGACACAAGGACGAAGUGUUCGUGUUGGAGUCUCACCCGAUCGAUCCUCGCGUGAUACUUAGCGCUGGCCACGACGGGCAGCUCAUUAUUUGGGACGUAUUAAAUACGGAACCAAUGGCGUGUUUCCAAAAUUUCAUCGAGGGCCAGGGUAAUGGUGCUGUUUUCGAUGCGAAAUGGUCACCUGAUGGUACAAUGCUUGCAGCUACAGAUUCUCAUGGACACCUUCUGAUGUAUGGAUUUGGAUCUGGAGUUGAGAGACUGAAAAUUAUACCGAAGGAGUUGUUCUUCCACACUGAUUAUCGACCCCUGAUAAGAGACAGCAAUAAUUAUGUUCUCGAUGAGCAAACCCAAACAGCGCCGCAUCUAAUGCCACCGCCGUUUUUGGUCGAUGUAGAUGGAAAUCCUUAUCCUCCAGCGUUGCAGAGAUUAGUACCAGGAAGAGAAAAUUGCAGAGGCGAACAGUUGGUACCAAAUAUUGCAGUUGGUGCUGGCGGAGUUCAAGAAGUUAUAGAAGGUCUUCCAGAGCAAGAACCGAGAUCGAACAUUGAUCGACUGAUCGAGGCUCUCGCCCAAAGACAAAACAUCGAUGCGGAUGGAGAAGUCGCCGCCGAAGAUAGGGAGAAUAACGUUGCAGAACAACCAGUUCGCCAAAUAGCCAGCCCUCGUGCUAGUAGACCUGGCCUGAGGAGAGUAGGUGACGUUGAAGGCGUGAGGCAAAGUAGCGGCAACUGGCAAAGGGAUAGCACCACGCCGUGGAAUAAACCUAUUCUCGCGCGUCCUAUGAACACAGCCGUUAGAGAGACUCAAAUUAAAGCAGUUCGUGCGAUGGCGGAUAUGGAAUUAGAUAACUGGCGGCGAGAGAUGCGACGAAGACCUCAGUCCACAUCGAGCACUGCCGCUAAUCAAGGCAAUAUAGGAAGUAGACUAGUCAACCGCAAACGCAAUAGAACCACUAGACAUGGCUAUAGGACUAGAGCAACGCGCGGUGAGGAACAAGAGGACGAAGAAUUUGAGAAUCCUGAUAAUGUUGGCACGUCCGCGAGCUCGGCCAGCAGCAACAGCAACGAUUCCACUGCUCAUGAGGAAGAUCUGUGUUCGGAUAGCACAACUACAGAUUCUAGUACUGAAUAUUCGGAUUGGAUCGCAGAUCACGGACUGAAUUUAGAACCACCUAAACGUAGCAAGCGCAAGCCUGUGAAGAAAAGAUCUCUCACACCGCCGAGUGAUACGGACAGGAGACGCAGUAGGCGUCCUAAGAAAAAGGAAAUACCAGUAGUUAAUGGUCGCGAAGUUCCUGAAGCCUACCGACCCUCGGAGUGGCUUACCGAAGUUAUACCCAGAAAAGCCCCUUAUUAUCCGCAAAUGGGCGAUGAAAUAGUAUAUUUCAGACAAGGUCAUAAAUUGUACCUCGAUGCAAUUAGAAAUAAGAAAGUUUACGAGCUUAGUCCCCGCUGCGAGCCGUGGACCAAAAUGAACAUAAGGGCACAAGAGUUCGUCAAAGUCGUCGGAAUUAAGUACGAAAUACGACCGCCUCGUUUGUGUUGUUUAAAAUUAGCAUUGAUGGACGAGGACGGUCGGAUGACCGGCGAAAACUUCACUAUCAAGUACCACGACAUGGCUGACGUAUUAGAUUUCUUAGUAUUACGUCAGACCUUCGACACCGCAUUAGUACGGAGCUGGUCGGAGGGGGACAAAUUCCGCUGCAUGAUCGAUGACGGCUGGUGGAUGGGCCAAAUCAUAUCGAUGGAGCCAUUAGAUGAAGAUUUCCCGGAUUCAUUCUUCAUGUGCUUCCACGUCAGGUGGGAUAACGGCGAACACGAACAAAUGAGUCCAUGGGAUCUCGAGCCUGUUGAUGAAGAUAGGCUUCCCGCAGAGAUCGGUGGUGCGGUUUCAGUUUUACCGGAGGAGAUACGAGCAAUACUGUACCAGCCACACGCCGAGGAAUGGCCAAUGGGUGACCGAGAAGCAACAUGUCGCCGUAUUAUACGAGGCCUCGAUCAAGUGAUGAGUCUUGCGAUCGCCGAACCGUUCGUCGCACCGGUGGAUCUCAAUACUUAUCCGACCUAUGCGUACAUCGUAGAAUAUCCGAUCGAUUUGUCGACCAUCAAGGCCCGUUUUGAAAAUCAUUUCUACAGAAGAAUCACAUCGGCGCAAUUUGAUGUGAGGUACUUGGCAACAAAUGCCGAGCAAUUCAACGAGCCUCAUAGCACGAUAGUGAAGCAGGCGAGAAUAGUCACGGAUUUGUGUCUACGCAUAAUAAAACAUAAUCUGUUUAACACGCGUAGGGAAACCACCCAAUUGGACGUUCCCGCAGUGUACCAUCAAUUGCUUGAUACAUACCAUUCCUCCGAGUCGGAAGUAGAUGUAGAUGAUUCUAGGAACAAACCAUCGACGAGCAAACAAAGAUCAUCUACGUCGAGUCGUAAUUUACGCUCACAAGACAUCUCGAGAGACUGGAAACUAGCAUGCCGUCAAUUAUUAGAGAGCUUGUGGCAGUGUGAAGACUCGAUUCCAUUCCGAGAACCCGUUGACAGGCUGGAGCAUCCGGAUUACCACCAGAUAAUUGACACACCGAUGGAUCUCCGUACUGUCAAAGAGGACUUGUUGGGUGGCAAUUAUGAUACACCAGUACAAUUCGCCAAAGAUAUGAAACUAAUAUUCACGAAUAGUAGAAAUUAUAACACCAACAAGCGUUCAAGGAUAUAUUCGAUGACAAUAAGACUGUCGGCUAUGUUCGAAGAGCACAUGCGAAGGAUACUUUCAACUUGGAAAACAGCAAGGAAACGUAAUAACAACAACGUGAAAACGAACACAAAAGGAAAGGGUAAACAAAAGAAGAAACACAAUCUAACUAACGGCACAGAACCACCCAAGUCGAAGUCCGCCCAUAGCGACGACGACGACGACGAUGACGAUGCAAAUAGCGAAGACGACGACGAUGAGUCGGGUAAAGAACCGAAGAAAAAUUCUAACCUAUCUGUACCCGGACCAUCUCGAUUGGCGAACGGUGAUACAAAGAGGUCCACUUCCGGCUCGUCCCGGCCGAUGUUAAAGUUGCGAAUCUCCCGGUCGAGCACGAAGAAAAGGAGGAACAAUGAUAGUGACGUUAGUGAAUCCGAGGCAUCAGACACUGACAGCAGUGACAGUGCGCCUGUCCGAAGAACUAGAGCGAGGACAGCGUUACCUAGUGUUAGUGCCGAUACCGAUUCCGGGGACAAUUACACGCCCGGUGGUCGUAGCAAACAAGUUCGAAAGAAUCGCGGUAAAAACAACAAGAAUAGUAGGUAUGCCAAGUCCAAAGCAAAGUCGAACGUUAUCGUUGAAGACGAUGAAGACGACGAUGACGACGCAAACGAGGACAACGAAGAGGAAGAGGAGGAAGAGGACGAUGAGGAGGAGCGUUUCGUCGCGCCGGAGUCCACGGAAGAGAGCGAGGAUGAGAAGUUUGUGAGGAGGGACACGAGAUCGCGAAAGUUGGCGACUAGAAACGAGGAGAGUCAGAAAUACGUCGCUAAUAACGGUAAGAGCAAUAACAACAGCGACAGCGAGAGCGAGGACGACAACGAGGAAGAGGAAGAACAGGACGAACAGUCGCAACACGAGACCAAUAAUCAAGAUUCGGACAGUGACGAUUCGUACAAAGCGUUUAAACCGACACCGCGUGCCUCCCGACGAAGACGUCACCCCGUAAAUUCGCGAUUGAAUGUGCAACAUACUCGACGGCGAGGCCUAAAGCGACCUCGUUAUAACGAGGAAAGUGAUGAUAGUAUCACGACACCUGUGAGAAAUCGUCGUAAGAUCAAGCGCCGCUCGUAUGCCGAGGACAGUGACGAGGAGAGUCCGCCGACGGCAGAGCCUGAGCCCGAACCUCAGCCUGGCAUUAGCAUAAGCAGUAGAGGUCGUGUGCGCAAAAUGACGCCACGUGCUCGUGCUUAUCUUUUAGAAGCACCCUAACAGCAUCUCCUGCGUUAGUAAAGUCGUUUGUACAUAUAACUCCCUCGUGGGAGUACGUGUCGCGCCGCACGUCGGAGACUCCGAUUCGACGCCGCGAUAUUCGAAAUUUCCGUCGAAUCAGCCACCGUCGUGCCAGGCGCUUCUGGUUACGAAGUACUUCCAUUUUUAAGAAACAGUUUGUUCUCUGAAGUGUUUUUCUUUUCUGUUACAUAUAACAGUGUGAGCAGCGUAUAUCUCGAUAUAGCUACACCUUUUACUUGCACACCCGACCGAACUAAAGAGGUUUGUCUAUCCUAGCUGCACCUCCUGGCACUUGUUGGCUCGUUCUCUGUAAUGUCCAAAAUGUAUAUGUAUAUUUGUCACUUCAAAUGCGAAAAAUGCCAGUGGGUGCAGUUGAGACAAACGAAUCUAUUGGUGAUACAAAGGUUCGCAUAUAAAAUUUCAUUUAUUCGGGAAUUGUAUGAUAAUUGUAUUAUACAGUCCAAUAUGUCUUGUUAUCCAUGUCAAAAGUAUGGAGAUACGAACUGGUUGCCGCAAAAAAGAUAUUAUUGUCAAAAAAGAUUGAUUGUACGAACACUUCCAUUAAUUUCGAAGUUUCAAUUGACAAAUGAGAAACUUUCAUGCUCUGUAUCUAUGACAAAAAUUGAAGAUCAGCAUGAAAUAAUGUUUAAAAGAUUAACAUAAAUUAAUAUUAUUUUGAACAUAUUACUUUUCGAGUCUUAAUUAUCAUUCGUCGUACGAGAGAAGCGAGGCGAAUGCGGUUGUAAAAUUUAUCAAAUCGCUUUAGCAGGUCUUCUCUCUUUCGUAAUACUGUUAUGACAGUUAUUCCUUGAGAGUUUAUUGUACAGAAUAAUAAUUGGGAAGUUGCUGAAAGUAAAUAGCCAUUAUUCUAUAACGAGUAUAUCGGGUUGAAUAAGACAGUAUUGUUUAUAAAAGACAUCUGUAAUUUUAUUAACACAUGUGAAAGAAUAUUUACAUUAAUGACAUCGUGAAAAUAAACGUCAUGAAAGCAGAGACAAAAAAUCGGCUUGGU